CAUGCGCAGCACCGUCAGGUUGGCUAUCAUUCCAAGAUGGCGGACCUUCUAGGCUCUAUCUUAAAUUCGAUGGAGAAACCUCCUACUGUCGGCGACCAAGAAAGCCGACGAAAGGCACGAGAGCAAGCUGCAAGACUUAAGAAGAUGGAAGAACUGGAGAAAAGAAAGAAAGCAGAGUUUAGAAAGAAGAUGGAAAAGGAGGUGUCUGAUUUCAUCCAGGACAGUUCCCAGCAAAAACGAAAAUACAAUCCAAUGGGGAAGAUUGAAAGAAGUAUUUUACAUGAUGUAGCAGAAGUGGCCGGUCUGACCUCUUUUUCCUUCGGAGAGGAUGAGGAGAGCCGCUAUGUUAUGUUGUUUAAAAAGGAGUUCGCCCCGUCAGACGAAGAGUUGGAAGCUUAUCGCAAAGGAGAACAGUGGGAUCCCAAAGUAGCAGAACAGAGACGCAGACAAAAGGAACAGGCUGCGUUGGCGGAAGCAGCUUCCGCUCAGACAGAAAAGACACAAGCGUGUCCCAACUCCAACUACAGAGACAAAUACAGCCACCUGAUUGGCACCUCGGCCGCUAAGGACGCAGCUCACACGCUGGAGGCCAACAGGACGUACGGCUGUGUGCCGGUGGCCAACAAGCGGGACACUCGCUCCAUAGAGGAAGCCAUGAAUGAAAUCAGAGCGAAGAAACGACAGCGGCGAGAGGACGACACGGGCGCACAGAGCGGCGGCGGCGGCAGUUCUUGAGUCUCCUCUGGCUUUGCGUCGUAUGCUGCUGCGUGUGAGCCCGUCGCUCCGUCGUCUUCAUCGUUCAACGCUCUGCUUCUCAUAUUUAACUUAUAGGCUGGCAGGCCUUUAACCUGUGGAAUCAAACUGUGAUCUGAAGUCUUUAUUCAGCCGAGGGCGCUCAGGUGUGUCAGAUUCCAGGAGGUCCGUUUUUUUUUUGUUUGUUUGUUGAACGUUUGCCUGUGGUGAUAAUUUUUGAGUCUUUCACACACAGKUUUGGACCAUAACUGUAUAUCUAAGUGGUUUUAAAGUUUCAGGGUGUUCCACCCUUUUAAAGCUUUUUAUUUUCAGAAAUCACCAUUUGGAUCAAAGCAUAUAUUUACAAUUUUAAUAAUUCUAAAGAAAUGCUUUCUCAUUAACACGAAGGCCUGUCUGCAUCCGUUUGUAACACAGGAAAUCCUUUUAAAGUCCAGGUUUUAGCUCCAGCUGAAAAGUCUGACUGACAGCGUUCCAGACGUCCCAAGAAACUAAAACGCUGCAACGUCACCAACUUCCUUUCCUUCAGUUGCUUCAAAUUGCAUUUUGCACCUUUGCAAACCUAAAAGCAUGUUCGUAGGAAAAACAGAUUUUAAUAAAUAAUAACUUUAAUUUUGAAAUCAAGAUUAAAUUUGCUUUGAUGUGAAGUUGUGUUUUAGUAGCAUUGAUGUCUUUUAUUUGUCUGUUUAUAUUUGAAGCCAUGUGACGCUUGUUAAAGACGUCAUACAACUAAUAUGGAGUAAAGAUGUUUUUCUUUUUUUUAGUAAAUUGUCUUCUGUUGGUUUUGUUUUCAUUUGUUUCUAUUUCAACAUAAUUUGUACCGUUUUAUUUCUAUGUUAAUAAACAAGAUUAGGAUUAA